AUGUCAGACAAGAGAGAUUUACCUACCAAGUAUGGCUAUGACAAUAGUUCUAAGCAUACCCCAGACUCUGAAACAGACGAUCAUAACAAAACAAAUCAAAGUCAACAAGUGAUCGACGAAAAGAAUUCCAAAGAAAACAUCGAGAUCCAAGUUUCUUCCGAUAACGAAUUAUCAUCUCUUGAAAGUGACCAAUUAGCAAAAAAUCCAUUUUUAGAUCCCAAGGUCGCCGAGUAUUAUGACACAAUGUAUCGAACCUCCAACUAUGAAAGCUACUCUGCAUUUGAUCCCUUUUUUGAGUGGGAUGAAAAAGAGGAGAAAAAACUAAUUGGCAAAUUGAAUUACCGUGUUGCUUUGACAGCUUGCUUUAUGUUUAUUGCCCUUCAAGUCGAUAGAGGUAACUUGAGUAACGCAACAAGCGACAACUUUUUGGACGACUUAGGUUUGACAACAAACGAUUACAACGCUGGCAACACUAUUUUCAGAGUUGCAUUCUUGUUGGCAGAAAUCCCUUCCCAGUUGAUCUCAAAGGCUUUAGGUCCAGACAUUUUCAUUCCCAUUCAGAUUUGUGCUUGGAGUAUCGUUGCCAUGUGCCAAGCUGCCUUGUCAGGCAAAGCAUCAUUUUUUGUCACAAGGUUAUUGAUUGGGGCAAUAGAAGGAGGUUUCAUCGCAGACUUGGUGUUAUGGUUGAGCUACUUUUUCACGGGGAAAGAGUUGCCAGUUAGAUUAUCCUGGUUUUGGACAACUUUGUCAUUGGUGGAUAUAUUCAAUUCUUUAGCAGCCUUCGGUAUUUUGAGAAUGAGGGGUCUUGCUGGCAUGGCGGGUUGGAGAUGGUUAUUUUUGCUUGAAGGUGCCUUUACGUUACUAAUUGGUAUAUUUUCCUUCUACUUGAUGGUCCCCUCAGCUGUGCAGACGAAAAAUUGGAUGCAUCCCAAGGGCUGGUUCACUGACCGUGAAGUGAAAAUUGUUGUCAACAGAAUAUUGAGAGAUGAUCCUACAAAGGGAUCCAUGCACAACAGACAAGGAUUGACCAUCAAACAGAUCAUCAAGAGUUUCCGUGACGUCGACAUCUUCCCGCUUAUGGCAAUUGGACUAAUUAACUUCAUUGGAUCUUCUACGUUUGGGUCUUAUUUCGCUCUAUUGAACCGUCAAAUGGGGUUUUCCACUUUUGACACAAACUUGUUGAUGAUUCCACCUAAGGUGUUGCAUAUUGGCUUUUUGCUAUUAAUUACCUGGCUCUCAGAAUUUAUCAACGAAAGAUCCGGUGUCUGUCUUAUAGCUCCGAUUUAUUCGGCCACAAUAAUGGCUGUAAUUAGAUGGUGGCCCGGAUCAGGCAAGCAAGUGUGGCCUACCUACGUUCUCAACACUUUAUAUUCUGGGCAGCCAUAUAUUCAUGCUAUUUUAGUUGCAUGGGUCUCAAGAAAUUCCAAUGGAGUAAGAACAAGAUCGAUUAGUUCUGCUUUGUACAACAUGUCGGUUCAGUUGAGUAGCAUCAUUGGCCAAAAUGUAUACCGGAAAGAUGAUUUGCCAUUGUAUAAAAGAGGAAACAUGCAGUUGUUCUUUGUUGAAAUGGCCACGAUACCUAUAAUAAUGUUGACUAAAGCGUACUAUGUGUUCAAGAACAAACGAAGAGAUAAGAUAUGGAAUGCAAUGUCUGAGGAGGAAAAGGAUGACUAUCGUAAGAAUAGCAAAGUUGAGGGUGCUAGAAGAUUGGAUUUUCGAUUUGCUCAUUAG